AUGCAAUUCUUCAAAACACUUGCGGCCUUGGUGUCGUGCAUAUCGUUCGUCCUCGCUUACGUGGCACAAGAUGUUCAUGUAUCAUUCCCCUCCACCGCAGGAAAGUCUAGGGUAAUGAUCGGUAAAGUUGAACCCAGAAUAGGAAUCGAUGAAACUGUUCCGACUACAAUCACAGUUGAAGACCCUAACGAGGUGAUUCAAGUAAAUUUCGCCAUUGAGUCUACCAACAAACCCUUCCAGAACACCUUAUUGAUAGGCUUACCUAAUAAGAACCUAGAAAUGGCUUUUGAACCCGAAAUUAAGGACAAUGGCAAGUUGUCCAUGUAUAAAUACAGGAUAGAUUUAGCCAAGCUGGAUGCUGCUUUGUUGCAAGAGGCUUCCAGAUCACCGGAACCAAUAAAGGCCACUUUGAUUCUAGCGUCAUCUACCGCCAAACCAAAGGAAAACUUGUUCAGGGAAAUUCUGCAACUCAACCUGAACUUCGAUGUAGAUCACUCAGAUUCAUCUUUAGUUGACAAAUUCGGCAUUAAGCCAGAAAUCCAUCAUAUAUUUCAUGCCGAGCCAAAGAGAGUUGCCAAACCAAUUGCUGUGAUUUUUGUUUUAAUUAUCUUCAUUACCAUUUUAUCUUUAAUAGUCACCUGGUUGAAUUCUUGUGCCGCCGCAUUCAAUAACAUCCCGACCGGUGUCACUGCUGUAUAUUUCCUAGGAUUCAUCGCCACGAUUGUUGGGUUUGAAGUUAUCUUCGCUAGGUACUACUUGGGUACAAGUAUUUUUGAAACUCUAUUUUCCUCUUUGUACUUGGGCGCUCCAGGCUUACUGACAUCUACCAAGUUCCUGAGAUCUUUUGGUCAAACAAUCUAG